UAUAAUCACAAAGCUUCAUGCUCCUUUUGUUCAAUCAUUUUACUUCCAGCAACUUGUAAAGGCACGUACAAGUAUAUUCUCUAAUAACUUCUGGUUCCAUUCUGAUGGAACCAUGUAAUCCUUCUUCCAAGAUUGCUCGAAUUGCUGAACAUGGCAGGGAAUCCAGAAUUUGUGACAAGGGGAGACCGCGUAGCAACUGCAGCUUCACAUUUUUACAGCUCGAAGAGCUUAAAGAUCAAGUGCUGAUUUACAAAUAUAUAGAGAAUGCAAUCCCCGUUCCUCAUCAUCUACUUGUUCCUAUAUGUAAAAGUGUUGCUCAUUCCCUCAAUGGUCUUAAAGGUUUGGAGUUUGUUGGUGGGUUGGAUUGUUGCAACUAUAGGAAGAACAUGGAACCUGAACCAGGGAGGUGCAGGAGAACUGAUGGGAAGAAAUGGAGGUGUAACAGAGAUGUUGCUAGACCAGAUCAGAAGUACUGCGACAGGCAUUUGCACCGAGGAGGCAGCCGGUUAAAACAGCAGCAUAAUUCAGGGGGGGAAAUGUUACCGGCUAAAAGUGUGAGUUGUAUCCCAAACACCACAGAUGCCUUGAACUAAUUGAUUGUUACAGCGGUGUUACUGUUUUAUUGUCUAGUUAUAUAAGAAUCAAGUCUACGAAUCUUAGUUCACUGAAUGUAUGUUAUUUCUGCUCCUAACCAUUAUUGUGGA